AUGGCGAGUCUCCCCCUCAUGAAAUCCAUACUUCUUUUGGCUUUAAUAGCUUCGUUUGGUCGUGCAUAUGAUCCUAGCCCUAUGCAAGAUUUUUGUGUUGCAGUUCCUGAUGCCCAAGCUGCCGUGUUUGUGAAUGGGAAGGUUUGCAAGAACCCAAAACUUGUUACGGAAAAUGAUUUCUACAAGGCUGCUGGGCUUAACACCCCUGCUGGAGGCACAAAACUUAGUAAAGUGGGACUAAUAUCAAACUUUAUAGAUGUGGAUCGAUUCCCAGGGCUGAACACCAUGGGGUUGUCAUUUGGGCGCAUAGAUUUUGAGCCCAAUGGCCUAAUCCCACUCCACUACCACCCUCGAGGCAGCGAGGUCGUGUUUGUUCUGAAAGGCACUCUCUACGUUGGAUUUGUCACUUCAAACGCACAAAACAUCGGAAAAAAUAAGCUUUUUGCCAAAAUUCUUAACCCGGGGGACGCCUUCAUUUUCCCUGUGGGACUUAUUCACUUCCUCUAUAACGUUGGGCGCACCAAUGCUAUUGCCAUUGGCUCUUUCAAUAGCCAAAAACCAGGAUUUGUGUUCCUUGCAAAUGCCGUGUUUGGACCCGCCCCGCCAAUUUCAGACGAUGUGCUCGCCAAAACAUUCCACCUGGAGAAGAAGGUUGUGCAGUUUCUUCAAGCACAGAACUGGUCUCUUGCCUAA